AACACUUGAGUUAAUGAGGGAUACAAAGUAUAUUGGAAGCAGGUGCUACAACACAGGUGUGGUUCUUGAGUUAAUUAAACAAGAAACAUCCCAUCAUGCUUAGGGUCAUGUAUAUAAAUGCCCAGUUGCCCAUUAUUUUGACUACCAUGGCUAGAAGAAAAGAGAUCUGUGACUUUGAAACAGGGGGGUUAAAGGGUGUGUGUCUCAGUCACCAGAUUUAAAACCAAUCAAACACUUAUGGGAGAUUCUGGAGCGGCACCUGAGACAGCGUUUUCCACUACCAUCAACAAAACAGCUGAUGGAAUGUCUCAUGGAAGAAUGGUGUCACAUCCCUCCAAUAGAGUUCCUGACACUUGUAUAAUCUAUGCCAAGGUGCAUUGAAGCUGAUCUGGUGGCUCAAAGCCCUAUUAAGACAUUUUAUGUUGGGGUUUCCGUUAUUUUGACAGGCUUAUUUCUUACAAAGGUAUAACCUUCAGUAGCUGCAAUAAGACUCCUUGUUUGCACAUCCCGCUACAGCCCCGGGAUGGAGGCCCACAGCUCAAGCCGGUCCAGCCUGUCCAGGAAGAGGAGGAGAGAUGGGUCUAACGGAGAGACCGAGGAGGUAGAACGGCCAGGGAAAGUCCCAAGAUCCACCGUGGGUUUAAAAGAUCCCGCCCCCUAUGCUGAUGAGCUGGAGUCGGCUGAGGACACUCCAUACCUGCGAGUCAGUAUGGACGAGGCCAAGAGGGGAACUCCAUUUGAUAGGCCAGUUCGGGUGUAUGCAGAUGGCAUCUUUGAUGUGUUCCACUCAGGCCAUGCCCGGGCCCUCAUGCAGGCCAAGGGCCUCUUUCCGAACACACACCUCAUUGUGGGCGUGUGUAGUGACGACCUGACACACAAGUUCAAGGGGUUCACGGUGAUGAACGAGGACGAGCGCUACGACGCAGUCAGCCACUGUCGCUACGUGGACGAGGUCGUCAGGAACGCGCCCUGGACGCUUACGCCCGAGUUCCUCUCCAAGCACAGAAUCGACUUUGUUGCUCAUGACGACAUCCCAUAUACAUCAGCAGGCCAGGACGACGUUUACAAGCACAUCAAGGAGGCGGGCAUGUUUGCGCCUACCCAGCGGACGGAGGGAAUCUCCACCUCGGACAUCAUCACGCGCAUCGUCCGCGACUAUGACGUGUACGUGAGACGCAACCUGCAACGCGGCUACACGGCCAAGGAGCUCAACGUCAGCUUCAUCAAUGAGAAGAAGUACCACCUGCAGGAACGUGUGGACAAGGUGAAGAGGAAGGUGAAAGAUGUGGAGGAGAAGAGUAAAGAGUUUGUGCAGAAGGUGGAGAACAAGAGCAUUGACCUCAUCCAGAAGUGGGAGGAGAAGUCCCGGGAGUUCAUUGGCAACUUUCUGCAGAUGUUUGGCCCUGAGGGAGCACUGAAGCACAUGUUGAAGGAGGGCAGAGGGCGCAUGCUGCAGGCCAUCAGCCCCAGACAGAGCCCCAGCAGCAGCCCCACCCGUGAGCGUUCCCCCUCGCCCUUCUUAAACAAGGCCUCACCUUCCCCUCCAUCCCACCACAGCGCAGCACGGGGAUACCACAUCAGCGAGGAUGAUGAGUCUGAUGAAGAUUAAGGCUCACUUUUUUUUUUUAUCUUGGUCUGUUAAUCCCGCCCCUCGGUCCGUCAACAAUAUCAGCAUUCAACCCCUCCAAACAAAUCAUCAGUAUGUCCACUUAUAUAUGUAUAGCAUUGUCUCUCACUUAAUUUGCUCUACCCAUUUAAUUUUUUCACUCCCUUUUUCAAUUGGUGUCCUUUUCUUAUGGACUGUACUACUUUGUCAGUCCAAGGAGGGUUGAUGCAGUGUAGCGGUCACAUCUCUUAAUUUUAUUCAGUCAGUAACCACUACUCACUGGAGGCAUUUGGAGCUGUGUUCAUAUUACCCUUCAUGUCACUUAAAUUUUAAUUUCACAUUAUCAAUAAUUUCUCUCUGAUGCACGCUUCCUACUCAAGAUGUUAAUCUUUGCAAUUUAGUGGGGAAUUCAAGUGUCCCCCCUUAUUGUGUUGAGGGGUGUUUGGUGCACUGUUGAAUUCCUUCUCAGCAGAGCUGAGUCUUUUUCUUUGCAAUGUAGGAACCAUCAGUCCCUUGCUCUCCCCUCAAAGUGUUAUUGUGCAUGUAUGUGUGUAAACUGCUAGUUGUGUAGGCAUGUCAAUGUCCUCCAUCCAUGGACUGACCUGGAUUCAGCUUGACUUUUUUUGCACAUUGUAAUAAUGCUUAGUUGGUUUUGAUGGUCAGUCUUUGGACAGUGGAUUUAAGUAUAGUGCCCAGCGUUUGAACUCCAGAACUAGAUCUUGUUCAGUAGGGCUCAAAGGAACUUAUUUUCAGGAGGUUCUUGUCAAACCCCAAAAAACAAGACUUCAUUUUAAAAACGACUGGGGAAUACAAUUUUGUCCCAUCUCUCCCUCCUGUAGUUGGGCAUUGCUUGUUUUUGGCUGUUGGCCCAUCCCUUACUGGGCUUCGUCUCCAUGGUGGCAAAGCAGGAUUUAAAAAGAAAAGUAUUUCCUAUAUACAGUAGGUUAGCUGAAAUAUGGGAUUAUUUUAAGCAUAGUAUUAGAUUUAAGAAUCAGUCCAUUAAAAUUGCUUCUCAUUAGGGGCAUGGGCUAUAGAUCACUUGGUGGCAAGACUUGUCUAACUAUAUACAUGGAAACAAGAACAUUGUUUUAACUAUUAUUGUUUGCGUUGAAUUUGUAGGGCUAAGAGAAACCAGUAGAACAUGAAAAUGGAAUUUUUUAAAAGUUAACCACAACCAUGUAAAAUGUCUUUAAAAAAAAUCUGAGUUGAAUCCUG